UCAUUGCAUAGUAGCAGCGGAGCAAUUAGAAAAACAUAAGAAGCAUUUAAGAGGCAAUUUUGUAGGCAUUAUAAACAUAAAUUUGUAUUCUUCCGCAUUAACUUCCUGACGGUAGAAUUCACACUGUCUGCCUGGAGCGACUGUAGCAUCGUCCCCAGAUAACAAUCCCACAGAAUCUUUACGUAUUUUCCGACUAUAGUCCCUACGUGGCACCACUCUCAUUUUCUCACAAUCCAUCUCGUUCUAGUACCAAAAAGUCAGGGUAGAUCGUGCCACAAUCAUUCUCAUUAGGUUUCCCUGAUAAAAAAAAUAACAGACACAGUUUAGCCAGAGUGGUUGAAAAUUAGUGAAAUGGUGAACUUGUGUCGCGGGUAUAUUUAGAUUAAGCAUACCAUGUUGGAAGGUAGCGAAGAGGCAAGGAUUUGGGCUCGUAGACAGUUGCAGAAGAGCAGCAGAUCUUGUCAAAUUGUGCAUCAUUAUUACUAACCCUGUGUGAAUUCAUAAGCUGCCAAGGCAUACACUCCGUAACCUCAUGACAUGUUUAACACAUGGCCCGGCUGGAAAUACCAAGCAUAGUGGUGCAUAAAGGUAGCAGAUCUCAGAGCCAGCCUGAGAGUCCAGCGACGGUCUGUGGAGGUAUGCCCUCCUUGCCGUCUUCCAGGCACGGUCUCAUUUUGGACGCGAGCAAUACUACAUAUCCUGGUGCAUCCGUAACAGAUAUGAUCGAGGGUGAUACCAAUGGUGCCAAUCUCGGGAGUCAGAACACGAUUCAUCGUGCCACACUGUCCUGUCCUGUUGUGGAUAAGGAUACAGAGAAUAAGAAUUUUCGCAAUAGGGCAAACACAAAGGUCAAACUUUUAGUCAGGAGUCAUGCCAUGAGAGAAUCAACGUCUCCGCCGAGGGAGCCGAAUAACAGUGGACCGUCCUCACCUCACAGUCCUCAAUCGGCGGAGGGCGAGAAGAAAUUUUCUACUAGUUUAUCGCCAAAUUCUAAUUACCCCAAACAGCUGAAUAACAACGAGUCCAUGGUUAAUAGUAAUCUGUGCAGCAGCCAUGCAUCGAAACAGAUGCGUAACACGGCAACGUCACCAACCUGUCGUGCACCAUCUAGAAACGGCCAGUCUAGUCCCUCUCAGGCCCACUCACCAAAGAUCGCAACAAGUCCUACGAAUGGCUCCAAUAAAGCAGAACGUGCCAAGGUGACAAGUCCCAAUGCAACGUCCAAGUGCAAUAACAACGGUAUCGCAAGGAACAAUCACAAUGAGCGUCCUGGUCUUCUGCAGACGCCAAUAUCACCGACGAAGAUUGGUCAGGGUCUUCAGCACUCUCCUAAGAGUAUCAACCUAGCGCAGAACGCGGUGAACAAUCAGAAGUCUGAACAACGCAGGCCGAACACUUUGAAUGUCUGUAACAAUCAGUGUUCAGCACAGUGUGGUAACACAUUGUCGGUCAGUAGGCCAGGAUCAAGGCACAAGUUGAGACAUCAGAAUUCAUCCCAGGGUAGCUUUGACAGUGUCUCACCCUGUCUGUCAAGAGAUAGCAGUACCGAACUCUACACGGAUAGUACCGGGAUCGACCUGGAGCAAUUUAUCGCGGACACCAUAAAUCGAAAUCAGAAAGAUCGUACGGUGCUCCUGAAGAUUGAGAAGGAUCUGAUAGAGUUCGCAAAGGACAGGCAAAAGGUCUGCCACAGGUUCCCUAACAUGUCAUCCUACAACAGAAUGCUGGUACAUCGUGUAGCUGCCUAUUUUGGCAUGGAGCACAACGUGGAUCAGUCCGGUCUGAGUGUGAUCGUUAGCAGGACUAAAAACAUGCGGAUACCGGAUAUGCGGUUCAAGGAACAUAUACGUGAUGAUCUGAUCCUCACUGAAGAACCACGUAGGAGCAUACUCAAGAGAGACUCUAGCUCCUUCGAAGAUAGUUUUAACUUCAAGUCACCGGAUAGACUCUCCGGGGACUACUGUCGGCGUAGUAAAAGCUUCGAAGAACGCGAAGAGGAAUACGAAAGAGCCAGAAGAAGGAUAUUCAAAGAUAGCAGUGGUGAGAGUGGCGAAGUAGUAUCCUGGCCUUAUUGGUCAUCUUCAGAAAGCUCUGAUGCAUCGGCCAGGUAUCGUUUGCUUCAUCCUUCGAACCAUUCUAUAAGACAAACCAGAUUAUGUAAGGGUGAGUCCUUCGAUGGUAGAGAAUCCUACAGGGGUGGUGUAUCCAGGCCUUCGGUUUCAAAAUCAUUCAGUUUUGGUGGUUACACCGGAGGGAUGUUAUCACGUGGUGACAGUGUAACCUCUACCCACAGUGCAGGGGCACGUUUGACCAAACAGGAUUCUGGUACCAGUAUGUGCUCACGCCUGAGUCCCUCCAGCAGCGGUUACAAGUCCCAAAGUCAACGAAGCGAUGCAACCAUAUCCCCAUCCCCUUCGCCCUCACCAGUUACAGCCAUGACAUGCAACCACUCGCAGAUCUCUAGUCAGGAACUAAUAUCUCCAGAGCCGAAUAACCAGACAGUCAUGUGGGCUGUCACAAGCAUCUCUAGCGUGCCACGAGGAAGCAUAAUAAUAAAUCCCCAGACGAAUCAGCCCUAUACAAACCCUGACGGUUCAAUCUAUCGAUUUGAUCCGGAUAAUCCACCAAAACCGUACCAAGAAGAGACACUUGAAUCUAAUGUCAAGCGUCCUCAGGAGCAUCCUGAGCCGCCACCCGCACCCACUAGAUCCAUUGUCAAUAAUACCAAAUCCGAAAACAAGCGGCAUAUACAAUCAAAGACCAACAAUAAUCCAAGCUCUAGUACCAGUACACAAUUGACGAAUUCCGCCACGUCACCGAGUUUACCGUUUACACCACCUCCGGCAGUACCACCACCGCCAAUGCCAAUGUCAAUGUCGGCGCCACCGCAGAAUUCUCAACCGCAACCUCUAGUCAAAUGCUCGACGGUACAGGAAUAUGCUCAUGGACAACCUGGCCAACCGUAUACAAGUUAUAUACCUACCUCAGAAUCAUAUAACCAGGGUGUGUAUCCGUCUACUAUGGCACAACCGACUGUGAUGAUGACCCAGCAUCCUAAUCAGGGUCAAUCAACUGUACAGAGCAACGGACAGGCUGAGGUAGUCUAUAGCCAAAAUACUGUGUAUACUAAUUAUGCAGUACCCAUGCAACAAGGAACCAUACAGCAACCUCAGGGUGAUAUGCCAGAUCUAUCUGGUUAUUUUAUGGGGAUGAAUGUCUACGAUCAGAGAGCUGCUGGAGACAGUCAAUCAACCCCAUCGCAUCCUUAUCCUCAGACACCGCAAGCUACAAAUCAGACUAUACAGUCAGUGCAGAAUGUACCGCCGAAUUACUGGCAACCGCCGCCUAAUCAAAUGCCGCCGCAGCAAACCAUGUAUUUCGUGCCUCCUCCAGCGACCGCGAUUUCCGUCGCACAAAAUCCUGCCGACCGAUCAGCCAGUCAUCAGCCACAAAGAUUCGGCACGAGUUAUUCAUUUAAUACGCAAACCAUGACAUCGCCCAGCCAAACGAAUUCUAAUUAUGUAAGCAGUUACCCAGUACCAUACAAUUCCAUGCCAUCCGUUACUCCGACUCCUGGCGAACUCGCGUAUCAGCCCCCGCUGCACAUGGUACCAGCGUACUAUCCACCAGGACAACCAGGUAUUCAGACGGCACCGGUUAUGUAUAGAGUGCCUACACCACCAAAUACGCCUACGUCGAAUCAGAUGCCAGGUUUACCCUUGAUGUACGUCAACUCCGGAAGUUACGCUCCCCCAGCUAUGAUCACUGCAGGAAGUUUUGGUCAUCAAGUUGGUCCUGGUGUAACAUCACCGUCACCCGCUGGCGCGUUUAUGACGCCAGCACUGGUACCGAAUCUUGUCUUCAGACAAAAUCUUCCUGUCGUUCCUGGUGUUAGAGCCUCGACCCCUGGAAAUUCUCAAAGGGCUAGUAGAUCCCCAACUCCUGCGCAUGAAUUCUUCGGAGGUGGAAGCGGUGACAGACACGUACAAACUCAUCAAUCACGUUAUCCGCUGCCAAUGUAUCAGGAUGUCCAUAUCGUACAAGGAGAUAUGAGGUUGAUGCAUCCUGGAGUCCCGGGUAAUCCGAGAUUACAAUAUACACCGGUACCAUCACCACCUGUUGUUCAAGGUUGUCCUCGUCCUUACCGGCCACCAUCUUAUUCCUCGAACGCCUCCGGCGCUGGUACGCCGAUCCCCUUCGACGGGAGAAAUCAGAAGAUUCGCAGACAGAGAUCCAAAAUAGCUACAUUACCGCCCACAGGCGUACGACCCAGUCUUUAUCAGACUCCCUCAAUGCCUUCUCUAUCACCAAGCAUCCCAAAAGACAUCAGAGAAGCGAAACCCGUGGAAGACAGUACUAUCUAAAGGGACCGUGAAGGUGACAAUCACCCGUCGAAACCAGUUGGUACAACAAUAUUAGAUAAAGACGAUGAGAGCGACGCGAACGGAGAAGGCAGGAACUAUUACAACGAAAGUUCCGGUCGUCCCUUGGUCAAAGGGAAGAAAAGGAGGAAAAAGAGAGAAGAAAAUCACCGCUGGUACAAAGCCGAGUAAUAAAUACCAAACAGACCCCUCCCCACAAAAACUUAUUACAAUACGUUAUACAAUUCGUGAAACGCUAUUGAAACGAUACAAUUAAUUACAAACGAUACAAUUAUUUAAUUAUUAUGAAACGCACGUUUACGAGUACAGACGCCGCCGCGUACACACGAAUUACAUAAUACAGCAAGGGAUGUGGACGCGCGUAACAGAAAACAGAAACUACUGGUGCAUGAUAUAUAUAUGAGAAAGAAGAUAUAUAUAAAAAGUGAAAGGAAACAGAUAUGUUGAAGUAAAAUGGACGCUUUGUUACCCUAUUUUGAGAAUGCAAAGUUGGUAGUGGCUGAAACAAAAUGACGGUUGCAGAUAUGGGAAACGCUAUAAAUGGGGAUGAAAAUGUCAGAUAAGAAACAAAAACAAUAUUAAAAUGAUAAUUGGACACUAUCGCGACGCAUUGGUUGGAAUACCUGCCGUUAAGGCAUCCGUCGCUGCCGUGAAUUUUAACUACUAUUAACGAUUGAUAUACUAUAUUGAUACACUAUAUUAUUAUACCUGAGAAUAUUUUAACCGCGGUUUUACAGAUAAUAUUAUAUGAAUGUGAGAUUUAGCUUUUAAGAAUUUAACUUUAAGGAUACGCAGUUUUACGUUAAGAGAAUGAUGAAGGAGGGAUGUGGGAUCAGGUAGGGAGGGGGGGG